AUGUCCUCCUCUCAGGCCUUCCACUCCUCGCCACUCCUCGCCGCCACCCGCCGCAGCAAGUUCACACAUAAACAUCUCUCGACUCUCGCCCACUAUGCUCCCGCCUGUCCCCUGCGAGUUAUCGCCCACGUCGAUCUCGAUGCCUUCUACGCUCAAUGUGAGAUGGUCCGAUUGGACGUCGACCGCGACACACCGCUGGCCGUGCAACAAUGGCAGGGCCUAAUCGCCAUUAACUAUCCUGCCCGCGCUUACGGUCUGAACCGCCACGUCACGAUCACGGAAGCAAAAGAGAAGUGCCCCGAGAUCAUCUGCCAGCAUGUAGCGACUUGGAAAGAGGGAGAUGCAAAGUGGAGCUACAGUGAGGAUGCGUGGAAAGAGAUCGCGACGAGGAAGGUCAGCUUGGAUCCAUAUCGAAUAGAGAGUAGGAAGAUUCUGGCGAUCAUCAAGGAGUUCCUCCCGGCGGACAAGCAGCGAGUAGAGAAGGCAAGCAUCGAUGAAGUCUUUCUGGACCUAUCGGCGCAUGUACAUUUUAUCCUACUGGAACGCUAUCCUGAGCUAAGAGGUCCACCACCUUACGAUGAUCCAACGGAGCCGUUACCGCGACCUCCUACGACGGCAUUGGACUGGAAGGCGGACGCUUUGGUCGAUCUGGACACCUCGCAAUCGGAAGAGGAUGAUCCUGAUUGGGACGAUAUAGUCAUGCUGAUUGCAAGUGAGAUUGUGCGAGAUGUGCGGAAGGCAAUCUGGGAGCAAUUGAAAUACACAUGCUCGGCGGGCCUGAGCAGGAACAAGAUGCUGGCAAAGCUUGGAUCUGGUCACAAGAAGCCCAACUCGCAGACUAUCAUUCGAAAUAGAGCUGUGCAGCACUUUUUGUCUGGUUUCAAAUUCACAAAGAUUCGGAAUCUGGGCGGGAAGCUUGGAGAUGAAGUCGUUGCAGCCUUCAAUACGGACACCGUGUCCGAGCUUCUGCCAGUGCCGGUCGAACAGAUGAAGAAGCAGCUGGGAGAUGACACGGGUAUGUGGUUACACUCGAUCAUCCGCGGCGAGGACAACAGCGAGGUGAAUCCAAGAACGCAAAUAAAAUCCAUGCUAUCUGCCAAAUCUUUCCGACCAUCGAUCAACAGCUUCGAGGUCGCGUGUCGAUGGUUGAGAAUCUUCGUAGCGGACAUCUUUGGUCGGCUGGUAGAAGAAGGUGUCCUUGACAACAAGCGUCGACCCAAAACGUUGACGAUUCACCACCGACAAGGAGCGCAGACAAGGAGUAAGCAAGCGCCGAUACCAAUGGGACGAGCAAUUACCGAGGACGGGCUAUAUGAGGCGGCGAAAAACUUAUUGGCUGGUGUUGUUGUCGAUGGUCGAGCAUGGCCGUGCGCGAAUCUCAGUUUGGCGGUCGGGGGGUUCGAGGAAGGUGUUCAGGGCAAUCUGGGUAUCGGCAACUUCCUGGUGAGAGGUGCGCAGGCCAAAGCUGUGAACGCCGCUGCUAGCAAGACGAGGAACGAGUACGGACCUGCCACGAAGAAGAGGAGGAUCAAAGUUGGCGGCAUUCCAACAUUCUUCGGUUCACGGCAACGACGUCAUGAGGACAGUGAGCCGGAAAAUGACGAAGGCCAAAUGGGCUCUAUGAGCAGAGAAGAGACUCAAGAGGAUGAUCUCGAGCAUGCGGACGACAUGCCACAAUCCGCGCAGCAGUACAGCUCUUAUUCGCCCACAGAGAGAACAAGCUCGCUCUCGCGCAUUUCCGGCGGGCCAUCUGACAACGCGCUCGAUGACACAGACGACAACACCUUCAUCUGUCCACGCUGCAGACAAGCCAUGCCUCAGGCCGAAAGACCGGAGCACGAUGACUUUCAUUUCGCCCAAGACCUCCAGAACCAAGAAUCAACCUCAGCUCAACCACCCCAACCGAAACCACAGUCUGAACUCGCAUCAGCCUCCGCUCCUGCUUCCGGCAAAUUGAAAGCGAAAGGCAGAGGGAGGCCAGCUGGAGCGACUAUUGGGGGCCCAGAAAAGGGACAGCGGAAGCUCGCAUUCGGGUGA